AUGCAUACAGAAGAUAAAGACAAAAAAAAGAAGAAAAAAAAAGAUAAUAAUGAUCAGGAUGAAUCGAUUAAUGGGGAUAAUAACGUUCCUUAUGAAGAACAGAAUUAUGAAAAGGAUAUAUUAAACAUAAUAGAUAAAGAAAAUGAUAAUAUAAAAAGUAAUGAUGAUAACAUACAAAAUAAUAGUAAUAAUUUUGAUGAUAAUAAUAAUAUUUUGGAUAUGAAUUUUUUAGAACAAGAUCAGUUAUUGUUAGAAAAAAUAAAUCAAGAUAAUGUUUGUUCAGCACUUUAUAAUUCAGAAUAUGAUAAUGAAGAAAAACAAAAAUCAGAUGAUUUAAAAAAUAAACUAGUACAUAAAAAUAUAUCAUUAAAUAUACAUAAUAUUAUAUCAUCAGCUAAUUUAUGUAUAGAUAUUAAUUUACGUUUAGUUGCUGUUUCUAUAAGAAAUGCAGAAUACAAUCCAAGUAAAAUAAAUACUCUUAUCAUUAGAUUAAAUAAACCUCAAUGCACAGCUCUUAUUUUUAAAAAUGGAAGAAUUAUGUUAACAGGCACACGAACAAAAAAAGAUUCUAUCAUGGGAUGUAAAAAAAUUGCAAAAAUUAUAAAAAUUGUAACAAAAGAAAAAGUUAAAUUUUGUAAUUUUAAAAUUGAAAAUAUUAUUGCUAGUGCUAAUUGUAAUAUACCAGUCAGAUUAGAAGUAUUAGCACAUGAUCAUAAAGAAUAUUGUAAUUAUGAACCUGAACUAUUUGCAGGAUUAGUCUAUAGAUAUAAACCAACAUCCAACUUAAAAUCAGUUAUACUCAUUUUUGUUUCAGGCAAAAUAAUUAUAACCGGUUGUAAAUCUCUCAACAAAUUAUAUACGGUCUUUCAAGAUAUAUACAAUGUUUUAAUUCAAUACAAAAAUUAA